CCAGUACUAAGCCUCACCUCUUUAGACUUCGAUUCUAUUCAACUUCAAUGGCGACCCACAGUAACAUCAUGUUCUCAGUCCACAGAAACGAUGUCGUGUUUGUUAAACCCUUCAAACCAACACCUUCACAGGUUCUGUCUCUCUCCACCAUCGACAAUGAUCCCAACCUUGAGAUCAUGUGCCAUACUGUUUUCGUGUAUCAAGCCAAUGGCUAUUUCGAUAUUAAACCCAAGGAUCCAGCUUCCAUAAUCCAGGAAUCACUCUCCAAGCUCUUGGUUUAUUACUACCCCUUGGCGGGGAAGAUGAAGAGAGAGAUCGAUGGAAGACUUCGAAUCGCUUGCAAUGCCGACAACGACGAUAGCGUGCCUUUCUUAGUAGCCGCCGCCGAUUGCAAGCUCUCCUCGUUGAAUCACUUGGAUGGCAUUGAUGUUCAAGCCGGAAAAGAAUUCGCCUUGGAUUUUGCACCGGAAUCUGACGAUGGAUAUUAUCACCCUCUUGUCAUGCAGGUGACGAAGUUCGUGUGUGGAGGGUUCACUGUUGCUUUGAGCUUAUCGCACUCGGUUUGUGAUGGCUUCGGUGCGGCUCAGUUCUUUCAAGCAUUGACCGAGCUCGCUAGUGGAAAGAACGAGCCCUCGGUUAAACCCGUGUGGGAGAGGCAACUAUUACUAGCAAAACCGAUUGGAGAAAUUCCUCCAUCGAUCGUCGAUAAGGACUUGACGGCAGCUUCACCGUAUCUUCCGACGACUGACAUAGUCCAUGACUGCUUUUAUGUAACGGAAGAGAGCCUAAAAACACUGAAAAUGAAUCUGAUCGAAGAAAGCAAAGACGAGAGUGUAACCAGCCUCGAAGUACUUUCAGCCUAUAUAUGGAGAUCAAGGGUUAGAGCAUUGAAGUUGAAUCCAGAUAAAAACACAAUGCUCGGCAUGGCCGUAGGGAUACGACGCACCGUGAAACCACUGUUGCCGGAGGGAUACUACGGGAAUGCUUUUACAUCGGCAAAUACGACCAUGACCGGGAAGGAUCUCGACCAAGGACCGCUCUUUAAAGCUGUGAAACGAAUCAAAGAGAGCAAAAAGCUUGCUUCUGAGAAUGAAUAUAUCUGGAACUUGAUGAGCAUCAACGAGAAGCUGAGAGAACUGAAUACGAAGUUCGAAGCGGCUGCCGGUUCGGUCAUGGUGAUAACGGAUUGGAGGCGGUUGGGGUUGCUGGAAGAUGUGGAUUUUGGAUGGAAAGGUAGUGUAAACAUGGUACCACUGCCGUGGAACAUGUUCGGGUACGUGGAUUUGGUUCUUGUAUUGCCUCCUUGUAAACUAGACCAGUCGAUGAAAGGCGGUGCUAGAGUGUUGGUUUCACUACCCAGGGCUGCUAUUGCCAAAUUCAGGGAAGAAAUGGAUGCUCUCAAGCAUGGUAACAAGGUUACCGGCGAUUAAUUAAACCGGUCUAGUGGUCUAGGCUUACUAUAUAUGUGCGUGUUGUUUUUACAUUUUAAGUAGAUAAUUAGGAGUGUAAG